UGACUUUUCUGCCUCCUUUGAGCCUUCUUAGUUGCUUAUUAACUAAACUGCCUAAUAAGUUCUUCCAUUAUUAACCUGUGACAGAAAUUCAUCACAGUUUCCAAAUUCAAUAAACACAACUGCAUAUAGAAAAUCUCCUACAUUUCGUCACAAUCUUGCUUCAGAAUCAAAUCCCAGAUGGAGAGAACUUUGAAGCAAAAAGAAGAAGACGACAUCGAAGAAGAAAUAUUCUACUCUCCUAAUUGUAUGGAUGAACAAAAUGAAGAGAUUCAAAGCAAUGAUGAUGAGGAAAAGAAGAAGAUUCAUCAUUUGAGAGAGAUAGUUGCAAAGCAAGACCCAGCUUGCGAGGAAGUAGAUGAGGCGACAUUGAGAAGAUUUCUUCGUGCUCGUGAUCUCGACAUCGAGAAGGCUUCAACGAUGCUGAUGAAGUACUUGACAUGGAGGCGAAACUUCGUCCCAACGGGCUCGAUUUCAGCAUCGGAGGCCCCGAAUCACGUGGCACAUAAGAAGGUGUUUAUGCAAGGCAGAGACAAGAGAGGCUGUCCAGUUGCAGUCGUCUUUGGUGCUAAGCAUUUUCCCUGCAAAGGAAACAAUGAGGAAUUCAAACGUUUUGCAGUGUUUGUUUUGGAUAAAAUAUGCUCGAGAAUUCCUAAUGGAGAGGAGAAGUUCACAAUUAUUGUAGAUCUUGAAGGAUUUGGGUACUCCAACAGCGAUGUUCGAGGGAAUAUUGCAGCCCUUUCGAUUUUACAGAAUUAUUACCCGGAAAGGCUCAAGAAACUGUUCUUCAUUCAUGUAUCUUACAUAUUCAUGGCGGCAUGGAAGAUUGUGUAUCCAUUUGUCGACAAAAAUACCAGAAAAAAGAUCACAUUUGUGGAAAACAAGAAACUACAAAGUGCUCUGCUGGAGGAGAUAGAUGUAGAUCAGCUUCCACAUAUUUAUGGAGGCAAAUUGCAAUUAGUUCCAAUUCAAGAUGCCUAAAUCAAAGAAAUGCAUAUUUUUAUGAGUGUUCUAUAAUUGAGAGUUAGAGGGGUUUUUUAGUAGAGUAGACUGAUUUGAAAACUAUGACAAAAGAUUUCGAACUUGUAAAACUAAGACACUAAUUAGUAAGUAAUGCGCAAGCAUUACUUACAACAAUCAUUCGAAUUACUUAUUAAUUAGUGUCCUACUUUAGCAACAAUCAGAGUAAAACUCUUAAAAUGGCUGAGAA